AGUUAUAUAUAGUGAGUAUAAACGUGUAGCAGGUUUUGUAUGUUAUUCAUAAAAUAAUUAUAAUUCUUUGACCAAAAAAACACUGCCAUGGCUUCUGAUCGACUGCCUGUUGUAUCGUUGAACGAAAGCUCUCUUCGGCGUUUGCAGCAAAAACUUCAAAAAAUGAAAGAAAGUGAAAAAUUAGACGAAGCAAUAACACCAAGCCCGACAACAGACAAAAAGCCAAGACAAAGGAAACCAACAAGAUCGCCAAAAUAUGAAGUUUAUAAACCCGGUGUAACUCGAUUGUCGAAUCGUAGAGAAAAUCCAAGCACAGAAAACGCUCAGAGCUUCCACAAAACCCAAAAAGAUCUGAAAUCAGCUGGACGAGAAGUAUCUGCAUCUGGAGACAAAAAGAAAGUGAAUGAGGAUAGAAAACCAACCUCCGAUCGCAGGAGAAGAAGAGAAGGAAAAAGGAGAGACGCGAACCACAGAAGCAGGAAGAGUCCGGAGGAAAACAGUGAUGAGUCAUCUGACAUGGAGGAAGGAUACCUUGCUCGUCAUCAUCGUAGGAUGGGAAACACUCGUCAUCUGAGCUCAACUUCUAAUGAUGGAGCUGGUGAGAAAACAGAUGAGUUAGAAUGGGAUAAUUACAAUCAUAGUCGGUUGUUUGAACCUUGGAGUGAAAUGGACCAACAGUGUGAUGAUCAGCAACAACAUGAGCCACAUACUGAAACGACAGGAGAGAUCUUUGUGGAAGAAAAACCAAAACCGCAAAAUCGGAAACAGGAUAAGAAAAGAAAAAGUCGCAAAUCUGUCGAGUUACGUGAAAAACCAACCAACAAAGUUCCUCAUUCAGGUCGUCCAUGUUAUAUGGAUGACCCGGUAUCAAUAAGCAAUGAAGAGGAAGAGGAUGGAACAUCCGCAUCCAACACUGAGAAUGAAACAUCCAGGCAACAGUUGAAUCAAAAGAAGAAACUAUACAACCCCAGUAACCCUGAUACUCCAAUACUGGUCAAAUCAAAUCGAAGGGGUUGUGUUAAAGUGGAUAAAAUGAAUGAAAAUAUUCCAGUUUACAAUCAGGAAUAUUUUUCAAGUCCCCGUUUUCCCGCUCCAAACCCUCGUAACUUACCACUGGAUGGCAGAAGACAAAGAACCCUCUAUGAUGCAACAACCAACACUAAUCAAGUUUACGUACCACCUACUCGACCAUCUAACUACUUUAUGCCAUCACCUGUUCCACCGGAGGCAUGGAAGAGCAAUGAUAAGUACGCUUAUGAGAUGGAACAAAGGAAACAACAACAACAACAGAAAGAACAAGAAGAAGCGCUGAUUGCUGAUCACAUGACCAACAUCCGUCGUCAGUCAUGCGUGACCAUGCUUGCUGAAGCAGAAAAGCAUGAAACAGCGAUAAGUUCAUUGUUAUCGAAUAGUGACUUCACAAUGAAGAAUUUUACCGAGAUACUUCGAAAGUCAAGGAAUAAGUUAAAGCAAAUUUAUGAGAGUCUUAUUCUCACUGACAUUGAAACAGCAUCAAAACAUAAUGUGGAGCAAACACUCUGGAAGAAUGUCUUUCAUCAGGUUAUUGAAAAACUUCGAGAACAAAUUGCUUCGUGUACUGAAGAUGAGAAAACUGAACUGAAAGAUCUUUUAAUACUUAUCCUUGACCAGGCAGUUGCUUUCUAUGAAAACUUGGUGUCUGGACUGCAACAAACUUAUCGCUUCAGUAUAAAGGAGAUGUUGCGUAAUCCGACUGUGGCUCGCUCUGUACACAAGCAAGCUGGGAAAAGGACAAAGUUUGCGAUCAUGAGCGUACAAAGAUCAUUGAUAUGUCUUGGUGACAUCACAAGGUACAAGGAGAAUGCUAAUGAUUCAAACAACUUUGGAAGGGCAAGGAAUUGGUACAUGCAAGCCAGAGCAUUGGAACCUCGUAACGGCCGUCCAUACAACCAACUGGCAAUCUUGGCAGUUCGUACGCGGCGAAAACUCGACGCUGUGUAUUACUAUGCACGUAGUUUAGCUACCAUUGGCAACCCUAUUCUCACUGCAAGGGAAAGUCUAAUUGCUCUGUUUGAUGAUGCAAGGAGAAAGCUUGAAUAUACUCGAAGAAAAGAAGGUUCAAAGAAUCAAAAAACAACAGUUUCUGAUCAAGAAAAUAAAGCAACUAAAUCGAAAGGAAACAAUCCCAUGCAGAUUUGGUGCAAACCUGGCUCCCACCAUCCACAAGAGUCAUCUGCAUCAUCUAAAACAUCAGCAACAUCCAAAGAGUCAGCAGAUCUUACUCCUGAUAUUGAAAAACUCUCUUUGUCUUCCUUGACUCCAUCUGAGAUCAUGAAGCAGUUUAGCCUCAUGUUCAUUAACAUUCACGGAAAACUUUUCACGAGAGUUGGUUUUGAAUCUUUUCAUGAAUUAAAGCAAAAAGUUCUUCAUCUGUUUCAACAGGCGCUACAGUGUCGUCCACCGCUUAUAAACAGUCAGACCUUACAACAUGUGAUGGCAAUCAAUUACUUUAGUGUGUUUGACCAACAGCAGAAACACCACAAUGAAAAUUCUAGCAGCAUGAUGUGUGCUGUGCAAAUCACCCUUGACAUGGUUGCUAUAAUAACCAAAGAGGUCACGACCUGUCUCACCUCCAUGACCUUUGACCCUGAACUUGGGUUUGUUCCGUCGUCAUGUAAAGAACUUAGUGUGAUUCUUCCUUCUUUCAAACUCUGCUGUGAUUGGUUGUUUUCAAACCGAGAUAUCUGGUACCCUCAACCACCUAUAGUGGAUGACAGGUCGAUUGAUUUAUGGAACAAUCUUGCUGCGUUAUGUGAUUGGUUAUGCAGUGACGACAAACAAUUUUCCGUUCGAACUUUUAUGGACAACCAUCAUGACUUAGUGGAGGUGAGUCUCGCGGAGGAUUUUGAAAUGUCGGGGUUUUCUCCGCUCGUAAACUCGGAGAGCGAAACAAGGUUCGUGAUGAACAAUGAAGCGGGAGGGAGUGAUGUUGAGGAUUGUGUUCGGCUUAAUCUCAUCCGAGACUUCCUGGAGUACCUCUGUGGGAUGGAGGAGCCACUGCUUGCUUUUAAACAAGGAAGAUAUGUGGCAUUGGUGGAAUCAAAACCUGUUGAAUGUAUUGUAAAUGAUGAUGGUUAUAAUCAAGACAUGAUUGAAGCUGAUCUUCAGGACGUAGAUGCAAGUUACGAGGAGGAGCAGCCGGACUCUGAAAAUGAGUUUUCCGAACUGAAGGCUUAUCGAGAUUCACUCCAGAGGACCCGCGAUGUUCAUGAGAAGAGAAGGAACCAAAUCCAGGCAUCACUGGAUGCAGCGGGAUCAAAGAACAAGAAGAUGUACGUGACUCCAAAGAGCUUGAUCCCAGAUACGAAUUGUUUCAUUGAUCAUCUUGAUAUGAUAAGUGAUCUCAUGGAACACGGGCAAUUUAUUGUGUGCGUAUGUCUUGUAGUGUUGACCGAAUUAGAAGGACUGGCACAAGAAAGUAAAGGCAACACUGAACACAACCGACGUGUUCAUGCGAAUGCUGCCGCAUCUCUUCGUUUCAUACAAGAGAAAUUUACAUCAAGACACGUUGCUUUGCGUGCUCUUACUAACCAAGGUUCUGCGCUCGAUACGAUCUCAUUCAGGAGCCAAGACCAUUACAGUGACAAGGGCACGAAUGAUGAUUUAAUUCUCAUGUGUUGUGAAAAAUAUGAAGAAAAAACGAAAAAAAACAACUCGUGCUCCACAGUUUUGCUCACUGAUGACCGUAAUCUAAGAGUAAAAUCGCUGACGCGUAACAUGCCAACAAAAUCUAUUCCUGAGUUCUGCAAAUGGUUAUUUGCAGUUUAACACCAGCAAUAAUUUUACUUGUUUCUUUCACAAUGUUUUGCUGAUAUUAUUUCUUUUCUAUUCUGCAACUGUGUUUUUAUUCGAGCAUUAUUUUUUAAACGAUACUGUCCAAAACAUUUCUUUCUAUCUGUAUCUUUUUCCAACUGGAAAAAGAAAAAAAGUUUUACUGUUUUCGAUCUACGGCUACUGUCCUCCAAUUUUUACAGCUUAAUAAAAUUUAAAAAAUACAACA